UAACACACUUAUCAGUUACUCGUUAUUUACCAUCACCGGAAGCUUUCCAUACAAGUACAAUGAUACAAACGUCAUGUUUGUUACCACUACUAAAACUUCUAUAUCUUCCUGUUCACUCUCUCUCGCCUCUCUCUAUCUGUACAUGUAUAUAUCAGUUGUUCAUCUCCUUUUGUAGAGAAAUAUAGUUAACACAAGGUGGUGGUGUAUCUGCAAAAGCCAUUUUCUUAUUAUUGAAAUGGGAGCAACUUCACUCAAAGAAGUCAAGCCUUCUUUCUCUCUGCCAAGAACCAAGAAUUCUGUUUUUAUAACUUAUGCAUUUCUAUUGUGUUUCAUUGUUUUCAGUCUUGUCUUGGCUUUUAAUCCUGUUUCUCCAAGCUAUUCUUCUUCUGCUUCUUCUAAAGUUUUCUUCUCAAACAUCUUUUAUGGGAUCACAUGUACAUAUCAGAAUGCAAGAGAUACUUUUUCUUAUGAUAAAGCCGGAAGCUUUGCCUCAAAUGUUACCAUAACUGAGUCUCCAGAAAGGAAAGAUCAGAGUUCGAAUAAAGAAUUUCAUUCUAAAGCUAGAGGUUUGAAGCCAAAUAUUACUAAAAUCAAGGCUCCAGAAUCUCAGGGAAAGGUGAAGAAUCAGACUCUAAACAAAGGCUUGAUUGAUCAAGCUGUGAAUUCAUCACAACAACCUGCUGGUAAGAUUGGAGAUAAGAGGAUUGCAGAAAAAGGGGUGGCUGCCAAUUUAACUUCUUCUUUGUCAAAGAAACAGAGGAAGGAGCCUCUUUCAGAGGCACCGGAGACAUCGAAAACGGAGGAAAUGAUGAAGCAGCUGAUGAAUUGUGAUUUUUUUGAUGGGGAGUGGGUGAAAGAUGAUUCUUAUCCACUGUAUAAGCCUGGUUCUUGCUCACUGAUUGAUGAACAGUUUAAUUGUCUUCUUAAUGGUAGGCCUGAUCAAGAAUUUCAGCAGUACAAAUGGAAGCCAAAGGCCUGCAGUUUACCCAGGUUAGAUGGAAGUCAUAUGCUGGAAUUGUUGAGAGGAAAGCGAUUGGUUUUUGUUGGUGAUUCACUCAACAGAAACAUGUGGGAAUCUUUAGUAUGCAUCCUCAAAAACUCCGCGAAAGAUCAAAGCAAGGUUUAUGAAGCAUCUGGCAAGAUGCAGUUCAGAUCCGAUCUUUCAUUUUCCUUCAUAUUCGAGGAUUAUGAUUGCUCUGUGGAGUUUUUUGUAUCUCCGUUUUUAGUUCAAGAAGGGAAAGUGCAAGAACAAAAUGGAUCAACGCAUGCAACACUUCGGCUUGACAAGAUAUGGAUGUUAGCUGACAAAUAUAAAAGUGCAGACAUUCUCAUUUUCAACACCGGGCACUGGUGGACGCAUCCUAAAACAUCCGAAGGGAAAGGCUAUUACCAAGAAGGAACACAUGUUUAUCCUGAACUAAAUGUUUUGGAGGCGUUUCGAAAAGCUUUAACGACAUGGUCGAGAUGGGUGGAUGCUAAUGUAAACACUACGAAAUCCUUGGUUUUCUUUCGGGGCUACUCUGCCUCUCAUUUCAGUGGCGGGCAAUGGAAUUCAGGUGGACAGUGUGAUAACCAAUCUGAACCGAUAAAGAAUGAGAAAUAUCUCACACAGUAUCCACCAAUGAUGAAAGUUGUGGAGAAAGUACUGCGUAAUGCCAAAACCCCGGUUUCCUAUUUGAAUAUAACAAGAUUGACAGAUUAUAGAAAAGAUGGCCAUCCAUCCCUGUUUAGGAAGCAACAUAUGUCGUCAAAGGAGAAACAAUUAACCCUGCAAUUUCAGGACUGCAGCCACUGGUGCCUUCCAGGCGUACCCGAUUUAUGGAAUGAGAUUUUAUAUGCAGAAUUGCUAAGGAAACAAUACCGAGAGUAGCCGCAGAAGCAACAACAUAGGUAAACAAGCAUGGACAUAAUAACUUUGUCGUGUACAGUGAAAUACUACAUGUUCCUCUUUUCUUUUUUAGUGAAGAUAAACACAAACUCGAAGAAGAUCAAACAAAUAAGUUUUUUUUUUUUUAAUUUUAAAAAUUUGUAACCAGAUGCAUUAAAACUAUGUGUACCAAAGGUCCAUAGAUAUAGUCGAAACAGUACAGAACAGUGACAGUAGAUAAGCUGUCCCUUAAAUUUGUUUUUUUGUUCGGAGAAUGAUGUAAUUCUUCAAUCAUAUAUGAUAAGUGAUGAAUUUAAACUAA